AUGUAAGGGUUCUUAGUAGAAGGUAAGGAAAUCAGUAAAGAUUAUUCUUAUGAUUGGGUUUAAGGCAAAGCUGAAUUGGUAGCUAUUGAAAAAGGAAUUUCUGUUUUACACUUCAGUUAAGAAUUAUUAAAAAGAGAUUUAGAAAUGGAAUUCAGAUUAUUACGUAGAUUAACAGAAACUUAAUAUCAUAAUGAUAAUUUAUUUGACUUUCAUCCUGAUGUACAGAGACUAAAUCGAUAUAAUAACAUCAUCCCAUUCAAGCAUUCAAUUGUCAAAUUAAAGAGUGAGGGAGAUGAAGAAGAAAAUUUAAAGGAAUCCUAUAUUAAUGCAAAUUUUAUCAAUGUAAUUGAAUAGUUUAAGUAACAUAUGGCAACUUAGGGUCCUUUGCUCUCAACAUUUGGUCACUUUUGGAAGAUGAUAGUCUAGGAAAAUAUGAGUAUGAUAGUCAUGUUGUGCAAUUUAAAAGAGAACCAAAGAGCAUAAUGUGAAUAAUAUUGGCCAAAAAAUGUUGGUGAAACACUGAUUUGUGGAAAUAUUCAAGUGAACUUACAAAGUCAAGAUGAUCUUGGCAAUAAUAUAACUAAACGAAUACUGAAAAUUAAUCAGGAAGGGGAGGAGAGGAAUGUCAUUCAAAUCCAAUGGUGUGGAUGGCCUGACUAAGGAGUUCCUUCUCCAAGUGAUUUUGAUGUGAUGAAGGAGUUAUUAAAUAUCAUUAAUGAAAAAUUGUUGGCAGAUCAAAAAGUAGUUUUUCAUUGCAGUGCUGGAGUUGGAAGAACUGGUACCUUGAUUGCAUUAUCGAACUUAAUGAUCCUACUUAGAGCAUACAAACAACACAUUGGCGAUGAUCAUUCGAGUAAUUAAUCACCUUUAUUCUAAGAAUUGGAAGAAAAUCCAGAACUUUAUAGAAUUUCCAUUUUCGGAAUGGUUCGUAGAUUGAGAGAACAAAGAUGGGGAAUGGUUCAUACUUCAGAAUAAUAUUCAUAUAUAUAUAAAUUUAUUGAUGAAGCUAUAAGAUAUUUGUUUAACAAUUGA